AUGAUCUUCCAGAAGCUCGAUCAAGCGAUCGGCCUUUUCCGACGUGAUGACAAAAGAAACCCCCAGCCAUAUGCUAUAAUGACUGCAGUAGACGAUGCUGUCCAAGAGGUUCAGCUUUCAGGCAAAAAGCCUGAAAUAUGCGACUCGGAUUCGGCCUUCAUGAUCAAUGCAGGAAACUGCCAGUUGUGCAUCGGGAAAUACUCGAACGAAACUUAUGAGGACACAAUAUUGCCGCUUUUUGGGGAAACGCUCGAUUACUGCAAGGGAAUCACCUCUGGCGAGAAUAAGACGGCCCGUAUCGAGUCACUGCUCAGCCAAGAAUCAUCCUUACAAAUCCAGCUUGCUAGUCUUGGGUAUUCCGUCUCCAGCACGAGGACCACUAAUUCAUCGCCGGCGACAACGACCGACUCGGGGAGUCAAGUGACAGUUUACCGGACGGCUCAGGCGCAGCCAACUGCAGACAGCUCGGGAAAAGACUCAAACAUUAGCACCAUUGUGCCGGCCGUGGUGGUGCCCGUUGUUGUGAUCGGCAUCGUAGUGGUGCUGGGCUUCUUUUUCGUCCGCCGCCGACGAAGUCGGCAGGAAGGGCCGGCUCCUAUCCAUUCUUCCCUGCCACCUAUAGAGAAAGCACAGUUGCAUGCAGAUGAAUUCAGACCGGAAUUGAACGGGACUGGGAAUGCAGAUGAUUCUAGACCUGAGUUGGAGGGGACGGAACCCCAGGCUAUGCGGACACUCAGUUUGCCCCCACUCGAGCUGCCAGUGCAAAAGGAUGUCAGACGAGAAGAUGUGACAGGAGAGCUAGAGGCUAAGUAG